CUCAAGUAUCAUUGGUGUUGUAAUUCCUCAGUUUUUUAUGGAAAAGUUUGUGGUUCUGAUUGCAGGGUGAAGUGUACCAUUCAUAUAUGGAAGUGCUUCUUGGAGAUGGGAUAUUUAAUGUUGAUGGUGAGAGUUGGAAGAAACAAAGAAAAACUGCAAGCUUAGAGUUUGCAUCCAGAAAUUUAAGGGAAUUUAGCACCAAAGUUUUCAGGGAAUAUGCCUUGAAACUUUCUGCCAUUCUCAGUCAUGCAUCUAUUCUUAACCAAGAAAUAGACAUGCAGGAACUGUUGAUGAGGAUGACUUUGGACUCCAUAUGUAAGGUUGGAUUUGGAGUGGAAAUUGGAACACUAUCUUCCAAUUUACCAAAGAAUACUUUUGCUGAUGCAUUUGACACUGCAAAUAUCAUAGUAACACUUCGCUUCAUUGAUCCACUUUGGAAGAUCAAAAAAAUUUUAAGUAUAGGCUCUGAAGCACAACUUGAGAAGAGUAUCAAAGUUGUUGAUGAUUUCACCUACUCAGUGAUUCGGAAAAGGAAGGCAGAGAUAGAAGAUGUCAGAAAAAGUGGACAACAAAAUCAGAUGAAGCAUGAUAUAUUAUCAAGAUUCAUAGAACUAGGAGAAAGCAAUGCAACGGACAAGAGUUUGAGAGAUAUUGUGUUGAACUUUGUGAUUGCUGGGAGAGACACAACUGCAACAACCCUGUCAUGGGCCAUAUACAUGGUAAUGACACAUGCUCAUGUUGCUGAAAAACUUUACCUGGAGCUGAAACUUUUUGAGGAGAAUCAUGCAAAAGAACAGAACAUUUCCUUGCCUCAAUGUGACAAAGAGGACUCAGAAUCAUUCAAUCAAAGAGUAGAGCAAUUUUCAAGGCUUUUGAAUAAAGAUUCACUAGAGAGAUUGCACUAUCUGCAUGCUGUCAUAACAGAGACCUUAAGAUUGUAUCCAGCAGUUCCUCAGGAUCCUAAGGGCAUAUUAGAGGAUGAUGUAUUGCCAGAUGGAACGAAAGUAAAGGCAGGAGGUAUGGUAACAUAUGUUCCAUACUCUAUGGGAAGGAUGGAAUAUAAUUGGGGUCCUGAUGCAGCUUCAUUUGUCCCUGAGAGAUGGUUCAAAGAUGGUGUUCUAAAGAACGAGUCUCCAUUCAAAUUCACUGCUUUUCAGGCAGGCCCUAGGAUAUGCCUUGGCAAGGACUCUGCAUAUCUGCAGAUGAGAAUGGUGCUAGCUAUUUUGUGCAGAUUUUACAAGUUCAACUUGGUGCCAGGUCACACAGUUAAAUAUAGGAUGAUGACAAUAUUAUCCAUGGCUCAUGGCUUGAAAGUUACCAUACACAAACGUUGUUGACAAUAUUAUCAAUAUGUGAUUGAUUAAUCAUGUAUCACAUAAUCAUAAUCAUCCUCACAUGUUUUUAGCCAUUCAAUAAAUAAAUG